GAGAGGAGCAGGUCCGGCUGCUUGAAAUCCACCUCAGUCCAACCUGUCCAUGUGCUCACGGGAGGUCUGAGGCUGUUAAAUGGAGCUGGAGGAGCAGUGGUGGAGAGGACAACUGGCUGCAGACAUUUACCAGGCGCUCAGACACAAAGAGCUGAAGUUGCCGUCCUACAAAGGCCAGUCCCCUCAGCUGAACUUCAGGCGGUACUUCGCGGACCUCGUCGCCAUCAUCAGCAACCACUUCCGGCUCUGCCCCGCAGCCAGACACCUGGCCGUCUACCUGCUGGACCUCUUCAUGGACCGUUAUGAUGUCACGGUGCAGCAGCUCCACAUGGUCUCCCUCUCCUGCCUGCUUCUGGCGAGUAAAUUCGAGGAACGUGAGGACCGGGUGCCAAAGCUGGAGACCUUGAACAGCCUGGGCUGCAUGAGCUCCAUGAACCUGGUCCUGACCAAGCAGGGUUUGCUCCACAUGGAGCUGCUGCUGCUGGAAACCUUCGACUGGAACCUGUACCUCCCCACAGCAGCUCAUUUUAUCGAAUACUAUCUGUCUGUGGCGGUCCAUGAGGGGGACCUGCACGACGGCUGGCCUCUGAGCAGCUUGGAGAAGACCAGGCUGUACAUGGACAAGUACUCCGACUACUUCCUGGAGGUCUCCCUACAAGACCACGUGUUUCUGUGUUUUGUGCCGUCGCUGGUGGCCGCCGCCUGCGUGGCCGCCUCGCGCCUCAUCCUCCACCUGGCCCCGACCUGGCCCCCCCGGCUGCAGCACCUCACGGGCUACACCUGGGAGCACCUGGUGCCGUGUGCAGAGAAGCUCCUCGUCGCACAUGACAGUGAUGUCAAAGAGGCCAAUGAGCAGAAGGGCCCUCAGGUCGGCCAUCAGAACCAGGUGCUGUUCCACGGUUCAGCCCAGACCUCCACCGUGACGCAGUACCUGCACCUGCCCGGCGUGCAGUACCCUCAGCCGGGCCUGGCCCCCGGCUUCAUGCCCCCGUCCUUCCUCCCCACCUCCGGCCUGCAGGCUCAGCACGGCAGCGCCACCUCGCUGGAUGCAAAGCCCGGCCGGGCCUACCAGGUGCAGUUCAGCUGCACGGCGCCGUGCUUCGACAGAUGACACGUUCGGCGUCGUUUCUGUUGCAAGAUGAGAACCGACCAUGUUUUGUUCUUGAACGCAACACUGAAGGAGGAAAAAGUUGUUUUUAAUUUCCAGAGACG